AUGGCUUUAACACGUAGAGACGAAAUAGCUUCUCGUUUGAAGCAUUUCAACGGCGGUGAUCAAUAUGAUGUGAUUGAUAUUGUGGGUGAAGGUGCUUAUGGUGUUGUUUGUUCUGCCGUCCAUAAGCCAACUGGACAAAUGGUUGCCAUCAAACGUAUCUUGCCUUUUGAUCAUGCCAUGUUCUGUCUAAGAACCUUGCGUGAAAUCAAGUUGCUCAAGUAUUUCAAUCAUGAAAAUAUUAUCUCUAUUCUUGAUAUCAUGAAGCCAAAGUCGAUUGAGGAUUUCACUGAAGUAUAUCUUAUUCAAGAAUUGAUGGAGACAGAUAUGCAUCGUGUGAUUCGUACGCAAGAUCUCUCGGACGAUCAUUGUCAAUAUUUCACCUAUCAAACACUGCGUGCCUUGAAAGCAAUGCAUUCUGCCAAUGUGCUUCAUCGUGAUUUAAAGCCAUCCAAUUUGUUGUUGAACGCUAAUUGUGAUUUAAAGAUUUGCGAUUUGGGUUUAGCAAGAUCUGCUAAUUCGGCUGAUGAAAAUAGUGGGUUUAUGACAGAAUAUGUUGCAACAAGAUGGUACAGAGCACCCGAGAUUAUGUUGACAUUCAAGGAAUACACCAAAGCAAUUGAUGUGUGGUCCGUUGGAUGUAUUUUGGCUGAAAUGCUGAGCGGAAAACCACUAUUUCCAGGCAGAGAUUAUCAUCAUCAAUUAACAUUGAUCCUCGAUGUGCUCGGUACACCUACCAUGGACGACUUUUAUGGUAUCAAAAGUCGUAGAGCGCGCGAUUACAUCCGUAGCUUACCUUUCAAAAAGAGAAUUCCAUUCGCACGAUUAUUCCCAAACGCAAAUCCCAUGGCUGUCGAUUUGCUUGAAAAACUAUUGACAUUCAAUCCUACAAAACGUACCACAGUGGAAGAAGCAUUGAAGCACCCCUACUUGGAGCCAUAUCAUGAUCCUGAUGAUGAGCCCGAUGCUCCACCAAUUCCCGAAAGCUUUUUCGAUUUUGAUAGAUACAAGGAUCAACUUACCAAAGAGCAACUGAAGCAAAUGCUAUAUGAUGAGAUUGCUCAUUAA